AUGGCCGCCAUCGCUCGCUCCCUGGCCCUCUUGUCGCUGGCCGUCUCGGCGCUCGCCCGCACCAACCUGCAGGGCUGCACCUACUCUGACGAGGUGGUGGCGCCCUCGAGCAUGGCUCCCUACAACAAGCGCAUCUGGUACGUGCCGGAAUCGGGCGAGAUUUGCGAGUUUCUCGACUGCGGAGGCGGCCGCGCACCGCCCAAGACGACGGUGCCCGGGUGCCCCCUGUACAGCGGCACCGAGACGUACUCGCCGAGCUUCCUGGAUGUGAAGACGGCCGCUCGCACGAGCCCGGCCAGCAGCGAUGUGUCGGCGACUGACACACCGUCGUCAUCGGCGCACGCAUCCUCGGCAUCUGGGUCUUUGGCGCACGCAUCUGCGGCACGUGUGACGGUGACCAGCGGCAGCGCCAAUGUGGUGCACACGACGGCGGCGCCCACGAGCCUGCCCCGGGAGGAGGCGUCGUCCAGCUCCGGCUUCACGGCCGUGCAGACAACCAAGAGCACCGCCGUCGCCGGGCCCGCGUCUUCUGGGGCCGCGUCGUCGACGGGCUCUCGGGGAGACGGAGCGGCCAAGCCGUCGAGCAGCUCGACGCCCGUCAGCGCUGCGGCCGGGCUGAUGACGACGCGUGCCGUGCUCGGAUCCGCCCUCUUGGCCGGUGUGGCGGCCGGCAUGAGCCUGCUGUAA